UACUGAUGCGCCUUGAGGAGGAGUGGUGGAAGUGAAAGCGCCCUGCGACCACCAGCACUGGCCGUUCCACCCUUCCAUCUGAUUAGAUUGACACGGUUAUCCAUGGUUUCCUGGUGAUAUCGCACGCUUCCCAAGCACUUCGCUUCUGCAAUGAACCAGUGACUACAAGGAACGGAUUGUAUUCCUCUGGUCAAGCUGGUUUGGGGUCGCCUCCCGCUGCGAAGGAUACAGCAGAAACAUGUCUGCAACAAGGCAGUGCUGUCUCGUCAACACGGUGACCCUCCUGCGGCUACGGGAGCAGGGCCAAGGGCCGCGGCGGCCCACCCACACGCUGCGCUUUGACAAGAUGGCCGAAGACAGGGCCGCACACUACGAACUGGAGGAGACGGCCUGCAAAUUGCCAGCCUCCGUGCGGUCGACAUUCCUGAUGGCCUUCAGCCCCGAUUGCACGAAGGUGGCGUCCACCCACGGCGACCAUCGCAUCCACGUGUGUGAGGUUUCCACGGGCAAGUUGGCACACACCCUGGAGGGCCACCCACGCACGCCCUGGUGUCUGGCAUUCCACCCGACCUCCAACCACAUCCUGGCAUCCGGCUGCCUGGCCGGACAGGUGCGCGUCUGGGACCUUAGGGGCGGCAGCGAGGUGUGGACGUCUCCCCAGGGCACGGUGAUCUCGUCGCUGGCCUUCCACCCCUGGGAGCCGCUGCUGGCCAUUGCCAGCGCCAACCGGGUGGUGCUGUGGCACUGGCGCAAGGGCCGAGCUCUGGCUACCUGCAAGACGGCCUCGGAGCGGGAGAAGGUGCGCUUUGUGCAGUUCUCCGGCGGCCGCUCCCUAGUGACGGGCAUCACCAACCUGGACCCGUCAUCGCUGGCGGGCCUGUCGGGGGCCCUGCACCUGGAGCGGCCCCCCCUGCUGGGGCCUCGCCUGGAGGCGCCCCUUGCCGGGGGCUCCUCGCAGCGGAGGAGCAUCCUCACCCGCCUCAUGUCCAUGUACCAGCACCUGGAGGGGCUCGAAGAGCUGUCGACCUAUCAGCAGCCGGGGCCCAGUCUCGAGCCCGAGGAAGCGCUGCAGCAGGCCAGGGACUACGCCAGAGACGUCACCACUUACUCCACUCACCUGCAGAGGCUGCGAAGGGAGGGGAGGCAGCGCUGGUGGGAGGAGGGGCUUCUGGACGAGGAGGAGGAGCCUCUGCCCCCAUCGACAAACCCCGCCCCUCGCCUGUCCGGCGGCAGCUCCCCGCACAGCCGCCACUUCUGGGCCACCUUCUACCGGCUGCGCUCCAUCUGCUCGCGGCUGGAGAGGCGCAUGCAGCAGCACCAGCGCUCCACCGGCGCCACCUCUAGAGCCGGAGCUGAUUUGGGUGCGGAGCGGACGGGUCGGCUGGGCAGGUCGGGCAGUGCGACGUCGUCCGCCGCGACCUCAACCACGGUGUCGUCUGCUAGCUCAUCCGCGGGGACGACGUCCGAGGGGGCGGGCGGCGAGGGCGGCGGCCCUCCUGGCCGUGGCGGCAGCGGUGGGAACCCUUCGGGACAGGAGGUGUCCCUGUCCCUGGUGAGCUUGCUCACCCGUCUGCAGCUCUCCCUGCAGAGCUUGAGCAGCGCCGCACUCACCACCGCAGUGGCCAGGGAGCAGAUUCACCAGGUGCGCAUGCGCAUCACGGAGAUCCUGGAGAGGCUGGCCAAUGUGAGCGGCUACAGGGCAAGGUUGACCAGUCUGAGGGAUCAGAUCUACGAAGCGGAGAGGAUGGCUCGAAGAGAAGACGAGGGAUCGCCGAGCCAGCACUGGGACCUUGCCUACUGCCUGUGGCUCGUGGAGAUGAGCCUGCAGCUGACACGCCAGAUGCAGCGCAUCCUGGCCGCAGACUAUCGCCUCACCCAGCUCCACCUCAGUGCCUCCUCCACGUCCUCCUCCCCCGCAUCUCCGUGCACUGCCAACGUGCCGGGCACCACCCCCCGCCGGGGGGGUGGGGCCUCUGGCCCCUCCCCCCCUUCCCGCCGCCUGGGCGGAGUCUUUGGGCUCGCCUCCCUCGCCACCCUUCCUGAGUCUCCGCCGGGCGGCGUGGCCUCCACGUCUGGGAUUCCCGCAUCCCCUGCACGGCCACGCGUCGACUUGGAGUGUCCGCCGCUGCGGAGGCGCAACCCCAGCUUUCGGGACUUGUCGGACUCCUCAGACUCCUCGUCCUUGUCGGAGUCCUCUGAUGACGAGAGCUUCAACUUCAUCCGCUUUCCGAGGAUGGGGUCCGGGCGCCGUUGGCUGCGGUUCACGGAGGACCGUCUCAGGGAGGACCGUCUCAGGGCGGAGGAGCGUCUCACGGUGCCCGAGGUGCACGUGUCCCCCCCGUCGUCGCCCCCUCCCCGCCCCACGCGGCCGGUGCCCCUGGAGCGCCCCCGGUCCCCUCCCCUGCCCCUGAUCCUGUCGUACGGCGGGUCGUCCCGUGCCGCCCAGCUGGCCACCGAGCACCCCUGGGGGGGCGGGGCCACGCCCACCUACGUCUCCAUGCUCUACGAGGGGGGCUUCAGGCCCAGGCUCAGCGUGUACGAGACAGGGCCCAACCUGACACAUCGCAUCCAGUGCUGGGACAUGACUGGGCCAACGCUUCCAGACAUCGGAGAUGCCAAGGCCUGUGUGGUGGCACCCCGCUGCAAGAUCCACAAUGACGCGAGCGUGGCCCUGGGGGGCGGCCUCCUUUGCGCCCUGGUGCCCUGCGGCCUGCUGGGGGCCUCCCUGUGCGUGUACUCUCUGUCCCCCCGGUCCCUGGGGCAGCUGCUGCACACCUGGAACUUCGGGGCCAAUGCCAUUUCAGUCAGCCUGUCCCCGCUCGCACGCUACCUCGUCGUGGGCUUCGCGGCCACCAGGGGAUACUUCCCCCACGAGAGGGAGGUGGUGGCCCAAAUCUUCAAGCUGAGUCCCACAGAUGCCUCUUCUUCGUCCUCGGUGUCGGGGCUGCUUCAGCAUGUGGGCAACAUGAGUCAGCAGGGUGGCAGCCAGCCUCCGAUCAGCCUCAACUCGGUGCGGUGGCUGCCGCGGCCAGGGGAGGGCCUCAUCUACGGCACCAACCGUGGCUCCCUCUGCAUCUGCAGGCCCCUCAAGCCCAUCUCAAAGGAAGGCAGUGCCUCGGCCCGCAACCACUCUGGGCCCACGCGGGACGCUACCAGCCCCUUCGUGAUGCUCACGGAUCAGGUGGAUCGAACGGCGCGCAACACCACCAUCCAGGUGCUGUCCACCGCGUCUCAGACAGUGCUACCGCAGACGCAGACGACGGGCACCCAGACGACGCUGCGUGGGGCCGGGCCCUUCGCCGAUCCCAGCUCGAACCCCGGCUCGAGCUCCGUCAGGCCGAGCAAUUCCUCCAGGUUCUUCAUGUGUUAGCCGUCGUCGCCACUGCUGCUGCAAUUCGUUUGUCGCCGAGAAGGAUCGACUCCCCGUGCCACUCGUGCACGGGUGGCGCAUAUUUGGGGAAGCUUCGUCUGCCACCCAGUUUUGCUCAACUGUCUUUUGCAAUGAAGUCGCCGUACUCCGGUUGACUUUAAGUGCGGCCGCAGCCGACGCUACGAUGCGACAGAACGGCGCUCGUUGCCUUUGUGCGUUUCCUAUCACUGACUGGACCAGUCGCGCACAGCGAAUGCUCUGCAAUCCUGCACUUUUUUUUCCAUGCACGAUUGGUAUUGCUGGUGAUAACGUACCCACAAAAACGACGAGCGCUGUGACGAGGCGCUUUUUGCGCUGCUCGAUUGUCUUCAUCGGAUUGUGGUCGGACUUGAGGUAAAACAAAGUACAGCAUUACAACCAAUACCUCCGCUUCUCUCGUUUCUCACGAACAAGUUUACGUCUUUGUACGUCGUUUGGAAGGACUGGGCAAAGGCCAGAGAGCAGAGCGAGUGACUUUGCGUACGGCUUUGAAGUGGAUUAAUAUAAAUGUACAGUAGGUUCCACACCUAUGCCAGCACCACACUGUUAGCUUCUCAUAGUUUCUGCAUCACUUGGAAUGUGUGUUCAAAUAUCUGAAACAAAGCUUGUAUAAAAAAAAAUAUGCAAUAGAAGCACGCCCAAAUUAUUUUGUAGAGAUGACGAAACCUUCGAGCAUAUCGAGCGAUACGCACGCUGCAUGAUCCUUUUGAAGUUGAUUCCGUAUGCUUCAGAUUUGAAAUGAAGUGUACCCUUGUUGAACGUGAUGCGAGAUUUUGGGAUGCUGAUGCUGGAACUGCGAGGAAGGAUGCAACAUUUUUUUUGGAAAAGGAGGUGUCCCGGGAAAGGGGGAAGGAGGAGGAGGAGGACUCGAGCGUCUGGAGAGACUCGAUAAGGGAAUAGGGAAGAGCGUAAGACGUGUUUGUAGGAAUGGAAAUGUUACGUAUAUAUUUAUUGUUACGAGGCGCACGUUCGACGCAUUGUGUGAAAGUUUAAAUUAACCAGGAGCCUGCCACGAGCAUGCUAUUCCGUACGAAGCGCUCAGCCAUCUUGACUCCAAACAUGCUUCUCCUCUCUGUGUAAGCAGCCAAGAUAGAACUGUCGGCAGUGGGUUAUGUCUUUUAAUGUGCAUGCCCCACGAAGGGUUUCUGGGCGGUGUCUUCUUGUUUCAGAAAAUGCUUCCUUUUUGUAGUGGAAGAGCAAGAGUUGCUGGGUUUAGUUUGCUCACCAGUACUAUCUAGCAGUGCCGGUGUUUCUAUGUUAAUUUUUUUUCCUUUGACUGCAGAUGUACUUUGCAGAUUGAGCUGUCUUUUUUUGAGAGACUCGGUUGGUUGGCCAUGCCAUAGUAUGUAUAUACUUGCAAAUGACUCGUGGGCCGUCGUCUGCAUGGGUCACCAGGACAAGACUAGUGUACAAAGUUCGAGAGGAAAUAAAAUGUGCACACUCGUGCUGCCAUUUA